AAGAAGCAUGCACAACUCAAUUACUAAAACUCCUUACAUUCAUUUGUUUUAAGCUUAACUCUUGAAAAUAUACAGUUAACUUGCAAAAUAUUUGCUUAGAAAAGAAGAGAGAUGACCAAAGGCACACUAGAAGUUUUGCUCGUGGAUGCUUCUAAACUCAAAGACACCGAUUUUUUCGGUAAAAUGGACCCUUAUGUAAUUAUUCAAUUCGGUAAUCAGAAGCGUCAGAGUACCGUUGCUCGUAGACAAGGAAAAGCACCAGUGUGGAAUGAAAAAUUUACAUUUGAUGUGGAGUAUCCAGAUAAUAUGAGAGAUGAACAUCAUCAGUAUAAACUCAAUCUCACCAUCAUGGACAGAGAUAGGUUCAGCAGGGAUGACUUUGUCGGCGAAUCCACGAUUUACGUGACGGAUGUGUUAUCCUUAGGCGUAGAGAAUGGAAGAUCUGAAAUUAGAGCUAGCAAGUAUCGUGUUGUUCUCCACAACAAAACCUAUUAUGGAGAAAUUCGUGUCAGCAUUUCAUUCACCCGGAAGGAUACCAAAGGAAAUGAUAAAGCAAACUAUUUGGGAGGAUAGAAGCAAUAAUAACUAAAAUGAUUUGAUUGAACUUAAGAAUAGUUGGUGAAAAAAGCCACAGUACUUAGUUUAUUUGACUUUGUGAUUUUGUAAAUUUUAAUUACUAAUGUGAUUUAGUUGAUUGUAUAAAAUUGUUUGUCAAACUUGUGAACCUGAUUUUAGGAUAAAUAUAAAAAGUGCCAUUGG